ACUGCAUCAGUUUGCACCUGUGCGCGACCUAUUUUCUACCCAAUUUCUAUAAAUUACAUACUCCAAAAUGUCGCAGGAAGAGUACGAUACCUUCAAACUGGGCGACUGGGAGCUCCAGAGCGGAGAGAAGCUUCUUGAUGCUCACCUCGCAUACAAGACCUUUGGAGACCCCGCCUCCCCCGCAAUUGUCUAUCCUUCUUGGUUCUCUGGAUUGCUCUCCGACAACUACUGGCUAAUCGGAGAGGACAAGACCCUCAACCCCAAGAAAUACUUCAUCAUCGUCCCUGCGCUGUUCGGCAACGGUCAAUCGACCUCUCCAUCAAACUACGCCCAUCCCGGACCCUUCCCAAAAUGCUCAUUCUAUGAUAAUGUCCGUGCCCAGCACCAGCUAGUGACACAGCAUCUAAAGAUCACUCAUGUGCGGGCAGUGAUCGGGUGGUCGAUGGGUGCAGCUCAAACCUACCAAUGGGCCACCCAGUACCCUGAUUUCAUGGACCUGGCGAUCCCAUUUUGUGGCUCUGCAAGAACUUCCCUUCAUAAUAAGGUCUUCCUAGAGGGCGUCAAGAGUGCACUGCUGGCUGCAAAGCACAUCCCAUCGGCGGGGUCCGGCAAUGGCGGCCUCCUUCAGGCCGAGCAAUCCUUGCGGACCUGGAGUGACACAGAGAAGGAGGUUGGUUUGAAAGCGUUUGGCAGGGGGUAUGCAGGAUGGGGAUUCUCACAGGCCUUUUACCGGGAAAAGCUGUAUGAAACCGCCUUGGGAUUCAAGGAUCUAGAAGACUUUAUGCAGAACUUCUGGGAAACUUGGGCGCUUUCUAAAGAUCCUGGGAACCUCUUGACGAUGCUGCAAACAUGGCAGAAUGGUGAUGUGUCCAAGCAGGAGCCGUACAAUGGCAACUUUGAGAAAGCAUUGGGCGCCAUCAAAGCCAAAACCCUGGUGUUACCCAGCAAGACGGACCUUUACUUCCCGCCGGAAGACUCGGAAUACGAGGUUGCUUUCAUGCAGCGGGGGACUGGGACUCUGAAGGUCUUUCCUUCGAUCUGGGGACAUUGGGCUGGCGGUCCAGGGCAGAGCAAAGAGGAUGUCAAAUGGCUGGAUCAGCAGCUGGCUGAGUUCUUUGACAAGAAUUGAAUGUUGUUCAUGUCUUUGUCUUCCUCUUCUUUUGCCUCCGAUAAGCGGGAGACUGUGUUAUCGAUAUACGCCAGGUGAUUGGUUGUUGAUCGGCAUCAAUGAGGAUUUAGUACUGUAGCGAGUUUCGUGGUGUUACUUUAUCUGUAGUCAACAUUCUUUCAGUCUCGCACUGCC